UCCAGCGCAGGCUCCGCCCUAGGCACAGGCGGUAUGUCGACCAAAAUAGUAGCUGCGCGCCUCGCCACCUCCGCCGGCGUAACAACUAUAAUAACGCGCUCCAGCAACCCUGGCAACAUAGCAAACAUAGUCUCCUACAUCCAAGCCAUCAAGUCAUCCUCCUCCACCUCUACCCCGGACAUUGCCACCCCCCCAAGAACCACCAUAACGCCAUCCCACUCCACAGCGAGUCUAGCAAGCGUAACUGCUGCCCUGAGUAUACCAGCCCCGCUACAUACGAGAUUCAUACCCUCCGCACAACCCAUCCGGGACCGCUAUUUCUGGAUCCUGCAUGGCCUGGCACCACACGGGACAGUGUACAUCGACUCCGGCGCGCGACGGGCACUGUCUAAUAAAGCCGGUCUUCUCCCCGUAGGCGUUGUUGACGUUGAAGGAUCAUUCGCUCAACAAGAAGCCGUUCGACUAGUAGUCGUAGACCGCAUCAAGGCCGAAGAUGUGAAGCCGGAGGAUAAUGGAAAAUUGUGGAGAGGGCCGGGUGUGGAAGUUGGGAGAGCAUUGGUGAAUUAUAGCGCGAUAGAGAUUGCGCGGAUCAAAGGUGUGAGGAGUUCAGAAAUCGAGGGAUGCUUGGGGUAUGCGGAUAGUGAGUAUGUUGCGUUGCGGGAGAAUAUCAGUUUCUUUGAGAGGGAAAGUCGACCUGUUACGCCGAGUCCGUUAUGA